CGAGCUCGACGAAAACAGUGGUCGCGUGAACGCGUGGCCGACGGCUGUUGGAUUUUUCUUUUCCCUGCGUGAAUCCGAGUAUUACCACCGUUGGUGAUUAAUGUUCGGUGUGUUAAUGACGGCCUCUUAAAGUGUGAAUAACAACGCGCGCCCAUUGCAUUGCUUUCGUCGCUCGAAUACACCGAAUACCAAGCCAAACGGUCGAUCCUCGAUAAUACUCGAAAAUCCCUCCACGCGUGUGUGUGGGUGUGUGCCGACAGUUUUCCGAGAGUAAAACAACGAAAAACUAAACCCCAAACCAUCAUCCCCAUACAUUAUCUUGUCAGCUUCCAACACCCGCUCUCAUCACGACCAUCCUCGACCCCUAAGAACACCCCCUGUACGAACUCCCACCACCCACCAAGACACGAGCCACGGCCACCACCACCACCACCAUCGCCACCGCCACUAGUGCAACCAUCCGUACCCGUUUCGCACAAACCGAACGAUCGCCGACCGGAUGGUGAUGUGCCGGGGUUGCUGCCGCCGCGCCCAGCUGACGAACUGCUAUGGCCGAAGACUUGGCCGAUCAAAUUGACGAUUAUAUCUGUGUAUUUGAAGGAGCCGGUGAUCUCACGAUGGAUACGUUCGUAAUGCUACUGUUCGCGCUGAUCGUGCUCGUGAUCUCGCUCGUGUUCGCGACCAAACUGAUCUACGACAAGUAUGUCCUGCGGAAGGGCACAACCAGUGCCGCAAGUGAUGGCGUCGGCGUGACGACGACAACGACGGUGACGCCGGGAAUCGGAUCCGCCGUCGGUGCCACUUCGGUGACCGGAACAGCCUCGGCACUGACCACCGGCACGCGGGCUUCCGAGCCGAAGGAAGUGCUCACCAAGAAGGAUGCCAUCCUGUCGCAGGUACGCAACGGUGGCAGCGGUGCAAUGGGUGGUGGAGCAAGGAUUGGUGGUGGCUUCGGUGGUGGCAUCGGUGGCGGUGGAGGCGGCGCGACGAUCGCCCGGAAACGCAUCUCUCGCAAGAGCCCCGGUCCCGAGCUGACGCAGAAGAAGCGACCGGCCAUUCCACCGUCCAACAUUAACGGAACCGAUCCGCAAAUCGUUCAGUGGGCGAUCCAUCUGUUCCGCUGGCUCUACUCCGACCUGGUGGUGGUGAACAAGCUACUCCAGGACUGGGUGUCGUCCGUUAACACGGCCCUACUGACGCACGUCGAGCAGCAUGAGAUGAUCGUGGAGAUUGUGCGCGUCCUACCCGAGAGUCUGCCGCCCAAUCUGUCGAGCAUCCUGUGCGAAGCGACCGACCAACCGAACGAGGUGGAGCUCCUGUUCGACGUGGACACAACGCCCGUGCUGCAAAUUAAGGCGUUCAAGUCCACCAACCAGAAGACGGAAGUGUCCCACUACAAGGCCACCAUCUCUCGGCUCAAGUCCCGUGUCAGCGUGAUCGUCAACUAUUUCGCGCUCAAGGGCGAGAUGAAACUCGAGGGCUAUCCGGAUAUCAAAAUCAUCCUGAACAGCAUCGGACCACUGAAGACGGCCAACGCGCAGGACGAGAAGAAGCAGAUCGAUCUGGUGACGGAGCUGCUGAUCGGUUCGAUCCGGGACGUGGUGUAUCCGGUGGAUUUCUCCAUCUACUCGACCUGCCCGCGCCUGAUGGGCGAGGAGUCCGAGGAGGCCACGUCGGACUAUGGCUACGGUGGUUACUCCGAUGGCUACCGUGGUGGUUAUCAGGACGAUGGGUACGGAGGGGCUCUUUUGGCCUCUCCAAAGAAACUGCUAGUCAAAGUACUGAAAGCGGAAGGACUGCUCAAGUGUUCCCAACCGUACUGCGUGAUCGAGAUGGAUGAACCGGCCCAGAAACAUCAGUCCGCCGCAAAACUGGGCCAGACGCCCUUCUGGGAUGAGUCCUUUUUGUUUGAACUGUCGAACCACUCGACCGAACUCCUGUUCGAGGUGUACGAUUCCGUAGCAGUAGCUGGCGGACAGAAGUUCCUCGGUCUAGGCUUGGUGGGUAUCGACGAGCUAGCGAACGGUCCGGCCACGACGCAAAUUCUCGAACUGCAGCCCCGUCCCUACGAAACGGAAACCAUUACCGGUUCGCUCACGGUUGAGUUUGUAUUCAUCGAUGCACCUCCAGUACCGGCUGCCCGACGGCAAUUCACGCAGCAGUCCAUCCACGCGAACGGAACGUCCAACUUUGCCCGCGAUAAGCUCAACAGCAGCACUCCACUAGCUCGAACCGGCGGCCAACCAGCGAUCAACGGAGGUUCCAUUUCACCCGCCGCCCUAUCAUCACCCUCGAAACACCUGCCCAGUAAGACCCAAGCAUUGGCCGAUCGCAACCAGCAGUUCAAGGCGGCGGAAGCCAAUCGACUGAACAAUUCCUUCUUCAAGCCAGGGGCAGCGCACACGCACCUGGGCAUCGUGAACGGUGCCAAAUCGGAGUCGACACCCGCCUCGCCGGCUCUCUCGUCCUCGACGUCCCACUCGAUGGCCGGUAGCCUCAGCAGCAGCGCUCCGGUCAGCCUAGAGACGGCAACCACCGUCCCGAAGAAGCCACGCAACAUCUUCGGUACGCUGCGGAACAAGUUGACACCAUCGAAGAAAUCGAAAUCACUGGACGUCCCACAGUACAGCCCGACCGGGACGGGAGUAGGUAAUGUGCACAGCGCUUCGUCAACGCUCAGCCGUGGCUCGUCGUUCGAUCACAGAUCAAACAUCUUCCGCAAUCUCUCGCGCAAAUCGUCCAUCUCGGAAUCGUCCGCCAUUUCUGGCAUGUCGACGGGCAGUGGCCGCACGUACGUGCACGAGGAGUCGACGUUGCUGCUUGAGACGCUCGAAAACGGCAUGAUGCGACACUACCUGGUACCGCUCGAGGUGGCCACACGGCAGAAGACCUGGAAGCGGAAGGGCACCAAGUUGCACAUCUACAACGACCACACGUUCAUCGCGAAACACAUCCCGGGGGGCCUCCUGUGCUUUGUCUGCAACCGCAACAUACCGCGGCGCCCGGGAAAACAGGGGUACGAGUGUCGGGACUGUGCGAUCCAGUGCCACAAACCGUGCCACGUUCGCGCUCCACAAGCCUGUCCGAAUCCGAAAAUUUUAUCCAUGCAACUAUUACCCUGGCCAUGGACAUAGAGAUAGGGCCCGGGGCCGGAAUGAUGAGACGACGGUGGUGUGACGAUCGGUGACAUCGAAGCGAAGCAUCUCUGCCAAAGCAGCAUUUACGGAUGGAACACCAACUCGCGCUACGCUGCGCUACAUUACUGUGACACCGCAACACCAGUCUUCAAACAGCACUACCGACGCGCACGGAACCGGAAACUAGAAGAUAAGACGUUCUCUUGCAAACAAAGAUUUCAUUUACAAAAAAAAAAUGGAAAACAAAAGCAAUCAAAUACGGUAUCUGCUGCUACCUAGCCAUCGAGUGUGGCUGAAAAUGUUUCGUUGUGAAAAUGUAAAAAAAAGUGCAAAAACAUAACUGAAAAAGAUUGUAAAUUCGCUUAAGCAAACUGAAACCAAAUUUCUCGAAACAUAACUCUAACGAAACAAACUCUCUGUACGAUCGUUCGAACCUACGACUCGACAUUUUCUGUCCGCUUUUCUAUCAUCUGCUAUGCUCUGUUCUAAUCUUUACGCACAGCAAACAUGGGUUACCGAAAAAUGUGAAAAUGCAGCGCACUUUUUCUCUGUCUCACGCCUUUCCCUAUUGUUUCGGCAUUAUAUACCUUGUUGUGAGUCUCCGGGAGACGAGUCAUUGGUUUAUUGACACCCCCCAAACAAAUACACACAUAUUUAUUGUAAUAUCACUUGUUUAUCAAUCCGCACACACAAGUACAAAUGCGGCACUCUCAUACAAAUACCCCCCAUUGGAAAGUGUGGCAUGCUGUAAGGAUUCGGCGUAUCCUUCGGACGUCGCUCGAUGUUAUACCUACAGUGCCUCUGGAUCGCGAUCGCGCGCACCGAGCUGAGCGAUCGGAUAGUCAUUAUUUUAGUAAGCGAACGCAUGGCCCGUAAUGCACAAUGAUAGCACAACGCACAGACAGUGGGCGCACCAUGUGGGCGGCGAUAAGAUAAAUGUGACCAAAACGAAACACCAUAUUACAAUCAACUUACAACCAAACUUCGAACGGAACGGUUUCACCUGGACAAUGGAUAAUGGGUUAACUAACUAAUCGUAGUGGUUAUUAUUUAAAUCCCGAACUGUGGCUGCACAGUGAGUUCGUACUAGAUGUAAUCCCGUAGUGGGGGUUCCGUUGCUGGUUCUGUUUUAAACCUCUUUGACCGUUUUCGGGAAACGCUUGGAGUUUAGUUCUCUGUUGGAAUAUAUGUUUACUCUUAUUAUCGCCACGUUAAUUUUUGUUACCAUGAUGGAUUAAUAUAAAUUUUGUAAAUCCUGUUGAAUUCAAUAAAAAAAACCACAUUGAA